AUGCCUGACCAGAAAGCCGGUUCGACGAUUGUGGGUAACAAGGAAGGGAUUUUCGAAGCAGCGGGAUGCGGUUGGGAUUAUGACUGGGUUGGACCGAUUCAUUUGAAUCGACCGGAGUUUUACUUAUACAUUAAGCACUUGUGCAAUUCUGACUAUGUCGAAGCGAUCGAGAUGUAUCCGCCGGACAUGAAGGUUUUCACUCCAAAAGUUAUGGACUACUUUUAUGAUAAUCCGAUAGUUCUUGAUUCGGAUUGA